UUUCUUUUAAAGGAAAAGAUAUCUCCAUGGUAGAGCAUUUGCCUAGCAUACGGGAGGCCCUGGGUUCAAUCCCCAGUACCACAAAGAAAAAACAAAGGGGCUUGCUGUGUUCUUACUACAUGGGGUAAUAGCCACAACAUGCUGGCAGGCCAAGCAAUUGAAGCAGGAAGUGGGGCAAGUUCCUCCAAAAGAGCCUGUGGUGCAGUGAGGGGCUACUCUGACCUGUUCAGCCCUCAGCACCCUGUGACCUCAGAUGAAUACAUUUUUCCUAAGUCAUUUUCUUUCAUCUGUAAAGUGAGGACAAGGCCUAUAACCAAAGGUCAUCAAGACAGUCCCAGUAUAACUGCAGCCCAUGACUGACUGGUCUACCGCACAAACCCUGACGGUCCGUUCCCAGGAAUUCCCACCAUUCUCCCAGGAAUCCGCCUCAGCCUGACUCAUGUCUUUCCUUCCCUUAAAAGGUCACACUGAGCAGGACCUGGGUCCUAUGUUUCCUCCCAUAUGAAGCCACCUUCAUGACCUCAGAGUGGCCUUUUCUUCAGAAGUCAUAUAGCCCUGUAUCUUUUGGGAGGCCAUGAUCAGACCUAAGUUUGCUGGGAUACAGUACCCAAAGGCCAAGGUCUCUCUCAAGUCAAACCUUGCCUGAUGGCUUCCAUCACAGAUAGGCUAUAAGGACUGGUUGAUAGGAUCCCAGCAGGGCUGGGCUUGCUCAAAGGUAGGAGCUGUGUCCUCACCUGUCCACUAGCCUAGUUCCUCAGUGUCAAGACCCUCCCAAGUCACAGCAGCUUGCAGUGUGGGCAGAUACAGAACGCUCUAUUUCCCUUCUGCUGUGUGUGCCAGCUGCAAAGGCUGGUAAGUUCUAGUCCCUCCCCUUUUGUUGUAGGGUUCCCUCCCAGCAGCCUGUGAUGUUACUGUUGAGACACCCACUGGGGAAACAGCUAAACCAAGACCUAAGAUACAGUCUUCCCCGGGUUCCCAGCUGAAUAGCUGCAGAACCCCCAACAUUGUGCUCUUUAUCACAGGUUUCUGGGACUCCUCUUUGAACUCUUCAAGAGGCCCUGCAGAGCCACUCAGAAGCUCAGCCCCUGGGACCCCUGCAUCCUCCGGCCGGCCUGCAACCCAUUUAGCAAAUUGUUCCUGUGAAAUCGAGCUCUCGGUGGGAAAUGACCGUCUGUGGUUUGUGAAUCCCAUUUUCAUAGAGGACUGCACCCUACCGGCUGAUCCACCUCCACUGCCCAUUGGCAGCUACCCUACACGCCCUGCGCCUGCCGCCCCGGAUGCUACCUCACUCACCUCCAAGGGGUCCCCACGUCGUCCCCCACCUCCACCCCCGGUACCCACUGUUCCUCCUACUGGCCCUGCCUGGCCUCCUGCGCCUCCUGUACAGCCUGCUGAUCCUUUGCCCAACUCCCCAACACCCAACUCUCACCUUGCACCCCAUGCACCGGGCCCCCCUGGUCACUCAAACCAACCACCCAUGACUGCCUGCGAGAGUCUCCCACGUCCAUCUGUAGGCCUGGGCCCCUUUGGAGAGGAAGAGAUGAAGCCUGGGACAACUCCCAGCCCCUUGCACCAGGCCCCUCCCCCUCCGCUACCCUUGAAGAAGACUCUUCCAGCUGCUCCUCCCAGGAGACGCAUUUCUGAGAGGGUGUCUCUGGAAAGCCAGAAUGUGGGGACUUCGACAGACAGGGACCGCUCAGGCAUUUCUAGGACAGCUUCACUCAACCUUCCUCCCCAGAGCACCGUAAGUAGCCUUGGGGACAGGUCUCCAAGGACCACGGAGCAAGGCCAGGACACAGAGGCCAAAGCCAGCCAUGCUGACAGCACACCAGUGCCUCCUGGGAAAGCCAAACAACCCCCAGUCCCACCCCCUAGGAAGAAGCGGGUCUCCCGGCAGCUGGCCUCAACCUUUCCCAGUCCCUUGACGAGCCCCAUACCGGAGGUAUCCCCUGAGAAACCCGCGGCGCCUGGUGCACCUUGGGAAGGCUUGAGUCCUGCCGGGCAAGCUGGAAUGCAGCACCUCCAAGUCCAGACCAGCGCCUGUCCCCAAAGCUCUCCAGAGUUCAAGGGUUCCCUGGCCUCACUUUCAGACAGCCUGGGGGUGCCUGCCUCAGCCGCUGACCAGGACUCUUACUCAACCAGCAGUGCGGAGGAAGAGCUGGAGUUCAGCAGCCCCAACGUGAAGAAGAAGCCCUCAAUGAUCCUGGACAAGGCCCGCCACCGCCUCAGCUUUGCCAGUUUCACCAGCGUCUUCCAUGCCUUCCUCUCCAGCGACCGCAAGCUGUAUAAGAAGGUGGUGGAGCUGGCACAGGACAAGGGCUCCUAUUUUGGGAGCCUAGUGCAGGACUACAAGGUGUACAGCCUGGAGAUGAUGACCCGCCAGACAUCCAGCACCGAGAUGCUGCAGGAGAUCCGCACCAUGAUGACGCAGCUUAAGAGCUACCUGCUACAGAGCACCGAACUCAAAGCCUUGGUGGAACCCACCCUGCACUCGGAGGAGGAACUCGAGGCCAUCGUGGAGUCAGCCUUGUACAAAUGCGUCUUAAAGCCCCUGAAGGAGGCCAUCAACUCCAGCUUGCUGGAGAUCCACAGCCGGGAUGGCUCCCUGCAGCAACUCAAGGAGAACCAGCUGGUGAUCCUGGCCACCACCACCACCGACCUGGGCGUGACCACCAGUGUGCCUGAAGUGGCUGUCAUGGAGAAGAUCCUGCAGAAGCUGACCAACAUGCACAAGGCCUACUCACCAGGGAAGAAAAUCUCCAUCUUGCUGAAAACCUGCAAGCUUAUCUAUGACUCCAUGGCUCUAGGCAACCCAGGGAAGCCCUACGGGGCCGACGACUUCCUGCCUGUGCUCAUGUACGUACUGGCCCGCAGCAACCUCACUGAGAUGCUCCUCAAUGUGGAAUACAUGAUGGAGCUCAUGGACCCUGCCCUGCAGUUAGGAGAGGGUUCCUACUAUCUGACCACCACCUAUGGAGCCCUGGAGCACAUUAAGAACUAUGACAAGAUCACAGUGACCAGACAGCUGAGCGUGGAGGUGCAGGACUCCAUCCAUCGCUGGGAACGCAGGCGCACGCUCAACAAGGCCCGGGCCUCCCGCUCCUCUGUGCAGGACUUCAUCUGCGUGUCCUACCUUCAGCCCGAGCAGCAGUCACGGACACUUGCAUCACGGGCAGACACAGUAGCCCAGGCACUGUGCGCACAGUGCGCUGAGAAGUUUGAGGUGGCCCAGCCCCAGGACUAUCGGCUCUUCGUGCUGGUGGAUGGGCGCUGCUUCCAGCUGGCAGACGAGGCUCUGCCGCACCGCAUCAAGGGCUAUCUGCUCCGGAGCGAGCCCAAGCGAGACUUCCACUUCGUGUACCGGCCCCAGGACAGCGGCAGGGAUGCCUCAAACCAGCCCUAUCUAGUGGUGCGGGAGCCCAACUUCCUAUGAGAUGACCCCCCCGCUGAGCUGUCGUGGCCAGAGUGUAGGAGGAUAGAGGGACUGAGACUGGGCUCUCAUUGGCUGCUCCCCUUGACCACGUAUACUCCCCAACAAGGUGCCUGUGUCAAUCACACUGGUGUAAGGCCCACUGAGCAUGCCUAAGCCAAUCAGGCAGAGGCAUAGCCUGAGGCUCCAUGUUCUUCAUUGGACAGUAAGGGAAACCAGGCUCAAGUGGAAGAGGCUCUCUAGCCAGCAGCAUCAAGCAAGCCCAACCCUGCCCACACCCUGUUCUUCAGGCAACUCCUUCUGCCUUCCCUUGGUCACGUCCCACCUCCUACCCCUUUCCUGGGAAGAGCUCGCUUUCCCCAGGACUGGCUAAGGAAGGGGUUCCUGGCUCCAGCUGCUACCUGAGCCUCAGGAUGGAGCCGAGAUGUUGGUCCACAACAACCCAAGAUCUAAGAGUAUUGUGUUGAAGAGACAGCCCUGCACCGCACCCCUGCCUCAGAACUUGCCUUCAGCUACCAGAGUGCCUAGUCUACCAGGGCACUGGCACCGGAAGCAGCCAAGCCAGCUCCGGGGAAACAUGGACAAGUUCAAUGCCAUGAGAUUGGGGGGGUUGGGAGGGUCAUUGAAAGACCUGUUCUGUGAUGGAAACAUCACAGGUCAUCGGUGUUGCCAAGACGCACUAUGGGGGACGGGGGUGGGGUGGUAAUAAAAGCCCUUUUGUAAAUGCUAA